CUUCAUUUUAUUUUGUCUCCCAUGAUUCUUAGCGAUCUACCCGUUAGGAGCCAAGAGCAAGAUGGCGGAUAGACCAGUGCCCGUGGCCGAGAAGAGACUGCUGGAUGUGAAGAUGGGAGAACUCCCAUCCUGGAUCUUCUCCAGGGACUUCACUCCUAACGGGAUCAUCGGCGCUUUCCGCCGGGGACACGACAGAUAUUACAACAAAUACAUCAACGUGAAAAAGGGUGGAAUCGGUGGCGUUGCGAUGCUCCUCACUGGUUACGUGGUCCUGAGCUACGUCUGGGAAUAUGAUCACAUCAAGCAUGACCGUUGGAGGAAGUACCACUGAGAACCGUUCUCUGCUGAGUUACCCCAGACUGAUGCAUCUUUGCAGUGGCUUGACUGCCACACCUGUAAGCUUUCUGCAUUGUGUACAAGAUUUAUUUGUGACCAAGAAUAAAAUGUAGAACAGUU